AUGGAAGACACCAUAUCUCGCAUAGUUGCUGAGGUGGAGGACCACCGUGGCAACCCAGAGCCACCACCUAUCUCCGAACAAACCCUAUCGGAUCUCCAACUUCUCCUCAAUGAUUAUGAUUCAGAAACCUUCGACAUUCUCUACUCCAAGAACCUCAUCCCUCCCAUUGCCUCCGCUAUGGACUCAUCCCCAACCCCACACUCUCUCCUCGCUUCCAACGUCUUCCUUUCUUUACUCCUCUCCCAAAACGCCCCCGUUUUCACCCUCUUCACCCCACUCUCCUUCCUCUCCUUCCUCCGCUCCCUUCGCCGCUCCUUCAAAAACCGCCCCUCACAGUCCCCAACCGACGAUUCCCAAAACCGGAAAAGGAAACGCAGGAACAACGCCCAAAACGACGACUCUGCAAACACCCAACUUGAUUUUAGGGUUUUCCUUCCUCUGUUGGAGAAGCUAGUGCAGGUCAUGGGUUUGAUUCACCUGGACCGUUUCCCCGAGAGUCUUAAAUCUCUUGUUCAAACCAUUUCAGAGAUUCCGGUUUUGGCUCUCGAAAUUGGUGGAAACACGGUUCAGUAUAGCAAAUUGGUGAACCUGUGUUCGCGGGUGCUUAGGGAGGUUCUGAGGCCAGAGCACGGAGAACCUUCUGAUACUGCUGCUGAGGUGUUGAAGUCGUUGUCUUCCAUUGUUCUCAUGCCGAAAUCGCAAGCCAGGGCCUUCGCUCUUGGCUUCGUCACGAGCCUGGCACGUGAGUGCGAUGGGGUGAAGAAAGCCCUGGUUAAUUUUCCGAGGUAUUUGGUGAAGAAGGCACCGGAGAGGUCCGAGCCUAGAGCCUUGGCUGUGGACUCCAUAAUGGAAGUGGUUCGGGUUAUGGGGUUCGAGGACCAGGUUGGGUUUGUCAAGUAUGUGGUGAUGAUGGCUCAAGGGAAACCGAACCUUAGGCUUUUAGCUGUUGAUCUUAUUUUGAAUUUGGUGAUGUCCUUGAAGGAUCCGUUGGGUGUGGAUUCAGAGAGUGAGGUGAAUGAGCCGUGGGGAAAAUGGUGCUUGGAGGUAUUGGUGAAGCGUUGUUCUGAUGUGAGUGCUGCGGUUCGAGCUCGGGCUUUGUCGAACUUGGCUCAGCUGGUGGGGUUCCUCUCAAGGGAUGCUAAGGCUAGUUUGGUUUUGAAAGAGUUUUUGGGGUUUGGUGAGGUUAGUAAUGGUGGAAAUGUUGAAGGUGGAAUAAAUGAUAUGCUGAGGAGAAGGUGUAUGGAUGAUAAGGCAGCUGUGAGGAAGGCUGCUCUUCUUUUGGUUACUAACUUGACUGCUCUUCUUGGGGGUGCAAUUGAUGAGGUGGUGCUCAAGACAAUGGGCAUGGCUUGUUCUGAUCCACUUAUUAGCAUGCGGAAAGCAGCAGUUGCAGCUCUUUCGCAGGCUUUCAGAACAUUCUCUGCUGAAACAGUAAUAACUGAGUGGCUACAUUCAGUUCCUCGUCUAAUAACUGACAAUGAAUCCAGCAUCCAAGAAGAAUGUGAGAACAUGUUUCAAGAACUUGUUUUGGACCGGAUAUCCAGGGCUGCAUCUGCUACCUCCUCGUGUAGGGAAUCUAUAUCAAAUAGAAAUAUGAAAGGAAAGGAUUUAGAAAAAGAGAUGGAGAUGCUUUUUCCCAAAGGAAUUCUGUAUCUUUUGAGAGAGAUUUGCAAUGGGGAGGUGAGCCCUUGGGUGAGGAAAAUUUGCACAAACCUGGGCAAAAAGAAACGGAUGAAUCACAAAAUUGUUACCGCGCUUCAGAAUAUAAUCAGGGUGUCUGAGUCUAUCUGGCUGAACCAUUCCAUGCCAAUAGAAAAGUGGACUGCCCCACCGGGUGCUUGGUUUCUUUUAUCAGAGGUGUCAGCAUUCCUUUCAAAAGCAGUGGACUGGGAGUUUCUUCAUCAUCAUUGGCAGCUUCUUGACAAACAUGAAGUGGAAGGUGAGUUUAAAAGCCCAUUUUUACAAAAAAAUGCAUCUGAAGAGGAAGAAAGCAUAGAAUGCAAUUCUGUUGCCUGGGCUAGUGACCGAGUUUUCCUCUUACAAACAAUCUCUAAUGUUUCUGUGGAGCUGCCUCCUGAACCUGCAGCUGAUUUGGCUCAUAACUUGCUCAAACGGGUUGGAGAAUUCAACAUGCAUUCAACAGAGGUUGAUGCUCAUUUAAAAGCACUUAAAACAUUGUGCAAGCGGAAAGCUUCAAAUCUCCCGGAAGCCGAAGCAUUAGUCUUGAGAUGGGUACACCAAGUCCUCUCCAGAGGUUCUAAAAUAAUAGAAAAGUUCAUUUCGGAGAAUUCACCUCAAAAUACAGAAAGAAGCUUCUUCACUCCACCUACAAGUGGGACUAGAAAAGGAAGGAAAGCAGUAGAAAUGUCCAAGUCAUUGUCGAAAGCAGUUAUAGCAAUUUAUACAAUUGGGUCUUUAGUUAUUGUCUGCCCAUCUGCUGAUAUGAGCACUGUAGUUCCAUUACUGCAUACUAUCAUCACUUCCGGGAACUCUGGUCCCAAAUUAAAUAAACUACCCGGCCCUGCAACCUCUCUACUACAACAAGCUCCUUCUUUUUAUAUUCAAGGGUGGCUGGCCAUGGGCAAGCUUUGCCUCGCUGAUGGGAAGCUUGCAAAGAAUUAUAUCCCACUAUUUGUACAGGAGCUUGAAAAGAGUGAAUCUGCUGCUCUUCGCAACAACAUUGUGGUCACGAUGGCAGAUUUUUGUGUUCGGUACACUGCUCUUGUUGAUUGUUACAUAACAAAGAUCACGAGGUGUCUCUUAGAUCCUUGUGAACUUGUGAGAAGGCAAACGUUCAUAUUGCUCUCCCGAUUGUUACAGAGGGACUACGUCAAGUGGAGAGGAGUGCUAUUUCUUCGGUUCCUUUUGUCACUUGUUGACGAAUCAGAGAUGAUUAGACAUUUAGCUGAUUUUCUCUUCGGAAAUAUUUUGAAAGUCAAGGCACCUCUUCUAGCAUAUAAUAGUUUUGUUGAGGCUGUUUUUGUUCUGAAUGACUGCCAUGCCCAUAAUGGACAUCGUGAGUCCCAUGGGUCACGAAUGGAAAGCCAACUUUUUUCCAUCAGGGGUACUGAUGAAACGUCAAGGUCUAAAAGAAUGCACAUUUAUGUUUCUUUGCUAAAACAAAUGGCUCCUGAGCAUCUUCUAGCAACCUUUGCCAAGUUAUGUGCAGAAAUUUUAGCUGCAGCUUCUGAUGGUAUGCUCAAUAUAGAAGAUGCAACUGGACAGUCUGUUCUGCAGGAUGCUUUUCAAAUUCUUGGCUGUAAAGAGAUACGCAUCACAUCCACUCGUGCAUCGUCAUCCGAGUCUGCAGACAUAGAAGAAGAAGGGGGAGAAAAUGGAUCUGCAGCUAGAGGAAAGGCAAUAACCCAGGCGAUCAAGAAGGGACUUAUCCAAAACACAGUCCCAAUCUUCAUAGAGUUAAAACGUCUAUUGGAAACCAAGAAUAGUCCCCUCAUAGGCUCUCUCAUGGAGUGCCUCCGGGUCCUUCUCAAGGACUACAAGAAUGAGAUCGAUGAAAUAUUGGUUGCUGAUAAGCAGCUGCAGAGAGAGCUUAUCUAUGACAUGCAUAAAUACGAAGCAGCAAAAGCUAAAGCAGUAGUUGCUGAGGUUGUAGCCAAGUCAAAAUCAGGUGCUAAUCAAUCAACUGAUGUUUCUAAGAAUCUAACCAAGACAUACAACAAAUUUCCAAGUGGUUCAAAAGUCGCAUCAGCAAUGGCAGAUGCGGCAGCUGCAGCAACAGUUCGUUCUGUGCUCAGGGAAAUCAACAAGGGGACUGGGACGCCCCCACUUAGUUCUUUGAAAGUUCCUAAAGUCAAGUCUCGUUCUGGUGUAAGCAAUUCUAGACAUCUUAAGAGCAUUGAUGUCAUACAAUCUGUGAGGAAAAUACAUUCUUUCGAAUCUGAUGAAGAAAACUAA